GAAUCGCUUGCGCCACAGGGAUAGUGACAGACCACAGAAGUGACACGCGUAUUUUUAUUUCCGUGAAAUAAGCCCGAGUCCGCGUCCGUCGAGGGGAUGACUGGACUGUGCGCUCUCUUUUUGACGGCGCUGCUUGCGGCCUUCACCCGUUUCACGGAGAGCGUUGGGCCGGUGGUCCGUUGCGAGCCCUGCGACUCGCAUGCGCUGACACUGUGCAAGCCUCUGCUGCCGAGAGACUGCUCGGAGCCGGUGCGAGAGCCCGGUUGCGGGUGCUGCCUGACUUGUGCGCUCCGCGAGGGCCAAGCGUGCGGAGUUUACACGAGUCGCUGCGGAAGCGGUCUCCGCUGUCGGCUCCGGCCUCACGAGACCAGACCACUGCAAGCUCUGCUUGAAGGCCGGGGAGUGUGUACCCCUGUCUCAACAGAUAAAACACUCACGGGAGUAAUAUUGCCCACCGGCAAACACGACACCCCCGAGGAGUCCUAUCAGGAGGAGGCCAGCUCCAACCUGACCAUGAUGACGGUCACGUCGGCGGUGGCGACGGUUGCCGAGGAGCGUCCCCUGCAUCCUGCCGCGCCCGAGCACAAAACCCCGCCCCUACUCAGCAAGCUGGGCGUGGCCCGCAAAGAGAAGAACCGGAAGAGCCAGAGCUACCGCGUAGAGUCGGUGGGUGGCGACCUGCACACGGACACACACAACUUCAGCCUGGACACCAAGAGAGAGACGGAGUAUGGCCCCUGUCGCAGGGAAAUGGAGAGCGUGCUGAAAAGUCUUAAGAUCACAAACGUGCUGAACCCAAGAGGCGUUCACAUCCCAAACUGCGACCGCAGAGGAUUCUACAAGAAGAAACAAUGUCGUCCUUCAAAGGGUCGCAGGAGAGGCUACUGCUGGUGUGUGGACAAAUACGGCCAGCGAUUGCCCGGUUACGAUGGCAGAGACCAGGGAUCUUCCCACUGCCACAGCCUGGAAAAGAAGUAAAAUGUGGCGACAUGUCAUAGGAGAGAGAGAGAGAGAGAGGGAGACAGAGAAAGGGCUAGAGAUGUUUCAUUCUUUUGUGGACUCGGGAAAGAUAAACACACACUUAUAGGCGUAGUGUGUCUGUGUUUGUGUUUGUAUGUGUGUGUGUGUGCGCGUGCGUUUGUGUAUGUGGACCUGUUUUGUGUGUGUGCAUGUAUGUAUUUGGGUGUGUCCUUUUGGGGUUGGAUCAUGCAUAGCUCCUUUACAGGUUAACAGUCCCAUGGUGCUUAGCUCUUCCCAUGGCGCACUGGUGCUGAUGUAUCUCGGUGAGCUCCAUAGAGCCCGUUUUUGUUGGUGAUGUCAUGUCGGUCUUUUGACUGGCCAGUUUUGGUCUGGAGCUCUCACCCUUUGAUUGGUUGCCACUUCAGCUUUCUCCGAUCAGGUUGCGUAUUUGCUGAUUGUCCUCUGUCGUCCCGAUCACCAUUUACAGUUGUCAUGGCGGCAGCCCGUCCCCCUGUAGUGAGCACGCUCCAUCAGAGCAUACGCACUAAAUGCACUUUUCACGCUGUCCAAGAUGGCUGCGGUCACACAACCGUUAAGCCAUCCCCGGUGGCUCGCCACACUCCAGGAACUAAACGAGUUAACAUCCGAAAGGUUCCAUUGAACCUUCACCAGUCAGAAAUACCUUUGUUUUUAUUUAUUAGAUGUAUUUAUUCUUCAUACGAACACAUAAUGGUGAUAGAAAUCUUCCAUAAAAAAAUGUUGUUGCCAUUUAAGAAACGUGGAAAAAGAACUGGUUAGGAACCAACUUAUGAGGGUUAGAGCCCUGGAUUCAACCCUCUUUUGCAUUACAUCAGUUAUUAUGCAGUUUCAGCUCUGAAAUGCAGUUGUCUGCUCUAGAAUGCCCUUUUACGUGAUGCUUUUGGGGAAUACAUAAACACCUCUGCAAGGCUCUAAAUGUCUGUUUUCCGGAGAGUGUGGGUAGAUUGACAAAACAUGCAUUAGAUGCCACAUUAAGCAGAGUGCUACUUUUAGUCAGACAGGACAGCAUCCUUUAGAUAUUCAUCAACAGACAGCAUAGAGAUCAAAUAAUUUCUUUUGCACCUAGUCCAGCAGUUGUAUUACAGUAGUUGAAGGUUGUUAAUGAAAACUUUGGGACAUUGGCCUGUGUAUUUUACCUACCUUUACCUGUCCCAAACUUGGCAGUUCCUGACAAUUAUCAGAUUAAAUAUCCUCACCAUCAACAUGAGCGUCCGCAAUACAAAUAGCUGGCUAUGUGUUUUCAAAAGAAGCCAUGUGACAUUGGAUGUACUUCCCAUUUAGGCCAUACUGACAAUUAGAAGCCUACUGAUGUUCAACCCAGUGUCAAGCUGAAUGAGUGAGAAUUGAUUGGGACAUCAGAGAAAGAAAAUAUACCUCUAUCUUGACAAAAAGACCUAACUCCUUUGUGUUAUUGACCAAAGUCUCCAUGACUUCUUAAAAAAACAGUUAUGAUGCAUUUUACAUUUGAGGCGAGACACUGUUGUUACUGCUCUAACUGGCCAUGGAGGAAUUAGUUGCAGGCACCCCAUGACUUGGAAGACACUGCCAGCCUUAACGAGACCAGAGGGGUCUUUUGCCUUUUAAUUGUGGCGAUGCUGGUAUUAGACUUUGAAGUAGACUGGCCAGAAACACCACAUCACACUCAGUGCCUGAUGGCUCACAGUCUUGCAAAUGCGCGCGCGCACACACACACACACACACACACACACACACACACACACACACACACACACACACACACACACACAUGCCAUUACAGAUGUGCAUAGACACAUGCACCCCUUUGUCCUUGAAUCCUACACAUGACAUAUGGACGUCAGGCUCUAUCUUUUAUUUGUGCUCUACACCUGAUUUCCUGAUUGAAGACUUGAAAACGGAGGGAACCAAUGAGACUGCUGCCCAGUUGUUCAGGAGCAUGCAGUUUGCCAACCUGAAAUUAGCCCCUACCCUCCCAAAUACCCCCUCUUCCUUUCCCAAAAACAAAUAAUAUAAUAUAUAUAUAAAUAUAGAGAGAAAUAUAGAUAUAUAUUAUAAUGAUUAUGAUUAUGAAUAUAUAUGCAAGCUUAAAGCAGACUUUAGAAAAAUAUUUCUGGUGCUGACGUUUUCUUAGUUGGGUUGGCUUUGGGGGGGGAAGGCAAUCCUAAGAGUCUAAUCAUUGGCCCUCCAAUAUCUGUGAGUUUGUCCUUUUUAAAGUGAAUACAUAUUUUUUUUUUCUUUCUGGGGAGAUGUGUGUGCACUUCCUCAUGAGUCAGAAAAAGUUAUUUAUGUAAGAAAAGUAUAUAAGCUGAUCCAAACUCCACAUUUUUUUCUUAAAUAAAUAUAUAUUCAAUGGCAUGUUUGUUGCACAGCUGCUUUCAGUAGCUUGAGGUCAGUGUAUUUUCGGGGGACUAUAAUCACUAAAGAAUGUCUUUGACUUUUUUUUUAAUUUAUCAACAUUGAGCAUAGUCUUUCACUUUUUAUUGGGACAACUGAUCUUGGAACAGCUGUGUGGUUUUGUAUCAUCAAGCUGCUUCCUCUGUUAGCAUAAGCUUAAUGAAGUGCUUUCUGGUGCUACUUUUAGUUAAGCCGAGCAGCGCUAAUGCUUCAUCAAAGUGAAGGUCUUUGCCGAAUCUAAUAUUAGCUGGUCUGAAGCUGAGUCACGGAAUAAGCUAAUCUGAAACUAUGGAAAUGUAGACUAAAUGUAGCUGGGCUCUGAAGACAUGGGGAAGCUCAAUUCUAAGGGGUAACAUGUCUUCAUCAUGACUUCUCUAGUCUAAGUGCUUUACAAACUUUACUUUACUUGAUUAAGGAUAUACUGAGGUAGGCUACAGUAAUCUUUGCUACAGUUAAGCUAGGUGCAUGUGAAAAUAAAGGAAAAUAAGCAUGGCUAAUGCUAUGCUCAGGGGUUAGCUAUGCUAGAGCCAAAAUAUACACAUAACUAAGCUUACUUUAAAGCUAACACUGAGUUUAGUGAAGCUGUCAUAGCCCAUGUCUCUCUUUUGUGCAAUGCCAGGAUCUCUUCAGUCACGGGUAAUGGUGUGUUCUUUUGUUUUGUCAUCAUUUGAAAGAUUUUAAUUCAAUGAAAGCUUUUCAUGUUACUAAAGUAGUAAUUACACAUACUGUUUUCUUUGAAAGGAGAAUUGUACUUGUGAAAUAUCAUUUGUAUUUAAUGUCUUUUUUAAAUAAAUAAAAACAGACUAUUUUAAUUUA